AUGGCCCUCGCCUUCCGCGUCUUUGCCCGCAAAGGCUACACUGAAGGGAUGUCCGGUCACAUCUCGGUCAGAGAUCCAGAGAAUCCUCACACAUUCUGGACCAACCCUCUAGGCCGCCACUUCGGCCUCCUCAAAGCCUCUGACAUGAUCCUGGUCGACUACGACGGCAACGCCAUCGGCGGCAACAUGUCCCGCCCCGCCAAUGCCGCCGGCUUCCUCAUCCACAGCGCCGUCCACAAGGCCCGGCCAGACGUGACAGCCGCCUGCCAUACCCACAGCCCGUAUGGCAAAGCCUGGUCGACCUUCUGCCGGCCGCUCGAGAUGCUGAAUCAGGAUGUGACGUACUUCUACGGCUCAGCGCAGUCUGUCUAUCCUGACUUCGGCGGCGUGGUUUUCACUGAGGAGGAAGGCGAACGCCUGGCUUCUGCUCUAGGUCCCGAGGGGAAAGGCAUGAUACUCCGGAACCAUGGACUCCUGACCGUAGGCGGAACCGUGGAUGAGGCGUGCUACUUGUACACGCUAAUGGAGCGGAGCUGCGAGGUUCAGCUCCUCGCUGAAGCAGCGGCUGCCAACGGAGUCCCGAAGGUGUACGUGCCAGAGGAGAGCGCGCGAUAUACGUUCGAGCACGCCAGUGAUCCGGAAGCGCUGUACUGGGAAGCGCAGCCAGACAUGGAGUACGAGGAGUUUAUGUGCAGUGGUGCGCACAAGGACUGA